UGGUGAUGGUUCAGCAGUCACAAAAGGUUACAAGGUUAACGAUGACCUUUACUUUGAUGAUGGUUGUAAAAUUCCGGACUUUGAAUUUGAUGUCAGUACUGUGAGCUCGGAUGGCAUUGGUAUCUUUGGUGUUGGAAAUGCUCAGGAUGAAAACNUAGAAAAGAAUAUUGUUGAAGAAAUAUACAAAGAACUAGAAUUGGACAAUGUGGGGUGGUUUGAUUGUGAUCGUGUGUUCAAAACAGACCAGAAUUUGACCUUUGACCUUGGCCCAAUCAACAUUUCCGUCCCACUUUCUAACUUUGUUUAUAGAUCAUCUUGGAAUCCAGAUAAAUGUGGCGUCUACAUAUAUGAUGACUCCAAUGCAGGAGGUUUGGAAGGAAUUGGGCUUCCUUUCCUCAGAGAGGUUUACUUUGUCAAGGAUUUGGAAAAGAAAACCAUUGGCAUUGCACCGGUGAAGCACACUGACGAUACCAAUAUCGUUGAUUUUUGGUUCUGA